CUGGCGUUCAGCCUCUUCACGUCCACGGCCAGCCCUGUCCCUGCCGCCAGCAGAAAUAGCCACGCCCCUCCGACCACCGUCGCCCCGGUGACCACCAGUAACGAGCUCAAGCCCUGCCCCUCCCCCUUCAAGAUGAAAGCUGCCGCAGGACUACAGGAAAGGCGAGGCUCUAACGUGUCUCUGGUGUUGGACAUGUCCGCCCUGGGCUCGGUGGAGCCCCUCAACGUUGCCGUGGUGACCCCCAGAGAGACGGCGGCCCGGGAGUACCUGCUGUCCGCCGGGCGCCCGCUGACCAGGCAGCAGCUCCUGUCAAAGGCCAACAACCCCAAGGACAGUGAAUAUCGCACCUCCCUCUUCCCCAGCAGCACACUUGAACAAUGCUCCUUCCUCAGAGCACACCGUGUUCGCACACUCAGCCAGUACCCCCAUUCCAGAGUAAUCCUGAAGUCAAAGAGCAGCAAUGAUCCGCUUGGCUCCUACAUCAAUGCCAACUACAUCCGGGCUUUUCUUUGUUCCUCCGGUUUCCUCACCGACUCACAGUGA